GCAGCCCAAAUACAGCCCUGUUUAAGAAAAGCGCCCAUAGCACUCUCUACAUACACCCUGAAGGCCUGAAAGUUGGACGAUAUCGUGAAGCAGACAAUACUCUCGGCCACUCUGUGACAUUGUUCUUAACCUUGGCACUGGCUGACCUACUCAGAACUUGUCUCUUUUAGUAUCUCUCGUCACCAUGUACGAGGGUCUCCCUGGUCACAAGCGGGGUCUGUUCUUCGUCGUGGCAGUCUGCGUGAUAUUCAUGCAGGCGGGACUCUGGGCUGGACGCAGGGAGACCCGAGACAACUUCCCUGACAACACUCUCGUGAAGACCUCCAGCUUGAUCCCCUUCGUGAAGUCGGAUGCGCGACCUAGCAUCAAGGACCACCCCAUUCCCAAACUUAUGGUAGAUGCUGAAAGAAACUUCCGUGAACGACUUUCUCGACAAAGUAAAACCCUCCCCGAUGCUGUUGCGGAAUACAAGCGACGUUAUGGUCGCAAUCCCCCUAGGGGUUUCGAUCGUUGGUGGCAGUUUGUGAAGGACAACGACGUAUUAAUGGUAGACGAAUACGAUGCUAUUGUUGAGGACAUGACACCGUUUUGGGAUAUCGAUGGCCGAGAGUUGCGUGAAAGAGCCAGUGCGGCAGGGCAUCUACCCUCCAUUGACUUGGUCCGAGUAAGGGAUAGCAAUGCAACUGCUGUAAACAUCAGAGAUGGACCGCAUGCGGAAGUCAGUGCUCGUGCACGCGGUUUCCUCCAGAUGAUUGAAAAAUUCCAGGACCAGUUGCCUGACAUCGACUUCCCGAUCAACGCGAUGGCGGAGGGCCGGAUACUUGUCCCAUGGGAGUACAGACGCUAUCCUAAUCUGACAGAAGCUAGUAUAUCAAAUCUACUUAGCGGCGCCUUCACGCCCGACUGGAGAGGGGAAGGGAAUGUUUGGGAAGCAUACCGACGUACAUGCGACCCAUCAACACCAGCUCGCCGCCUUUUCAGUUCUUUUCGUGCUUCGUCGACAUCGCAAAACCGCACCAGCCAGUUGACCGCUCGAAAUCACGAGUUCGUCUUCGCCCGAUACACUAAUGGCAAUUACUCAUUCUGCCAAAAUCCGUGGGCGCACUAUAACCAAGGCCACUUCUUCUCCGACUGGAGAACGAUUCCUGUUCUAUUCCCUGUUUUCUCCCCCGCAAAAGCCUCAGGUUUCCAAGACAUUCGGAUACCAAGCCAUUAUUAUUAUGCCCAGACUAGAAGAUACACCUAUGGUUGGGAUCCAGUCAAUCUCGAGCUGAAACCUGUUGACCAUAUGGAGACACCUUGGGAACAGAAGACCGAUAUGGUUUUCUGGAGAGGUGCUUCUACUGGUGGCGGAAGCUCGCCGCCGGGUUUCGCAGCGCAGUACCAGCGCCAUAGGUUUGUCAGAAUGGCUAGUGAUGAAUCUUGGACGAACCGUACGAUAGUCUUCGCAGACCCACCGAGCUCCACGAACUAUAUCGCCACCCAGGUUCCCAUAGGGUCUCUGAAUGAGGAGAUAAUGGAUAUCGCGUUCGUCAAAGUUGUUGAUUCUUUCAACUAUCCUGGCGGUAUCGGCGCUCUGAUCAGGGACCACCGAUUUGACGAUGGUGGUGUUAACUUAGGCGACCAUUGGAAACAUAAAUAUCUCGUUGAUAUUGACGGUAUGGGUUAUUCUGGGAGGUUCUUCUCAUUCUUGGAGUCAGAUAGCGCGGUGAUGAAGGCCACCGUAUAUCGAGAGUUCUUUGAAGGGUGGAUUGAACCUUGGUUGCAUUAUAUCCCGUUAUCAUCUUCGUAUCAGGAGAUAUUCAACAUUCAUGCAUUUUUCUCUGGAGCUACACCAUCAACCCUGAAGGCUGCGAAUUCAACAGCCUUGGGCUUGUCUCCUGCCAAGAGGCGUCCCUUAGAUGGAGACCGUCGCCUUCGCCGGAUAGCCCGUGCAGGAAAGCAGUGGAAGCGGACCAUGGGCAGAAGGGUUGAUAUGGAAGGUAAAAGCCUCCUGUUUAUGUCGGCAACGUCAUCUAUACUCACGUUCCAUUCUUGUAGCCUAUAUUUAUAGGCUGAUCCUAGAAUACGCCAGAUUAUGUUCGGACGAUAGAGACUCCAUGAACUUUACACUUUAGACACUCAUGCACAUCGAUCCUUCUGCAUUGUAGGAUGGUUUCAUAUUCGGAAUAGGAUCUUUCAUAUGUAUCACUAGUAGUUAUCCUCAACUUAAUCGACUGGCUUCAUGGAAUUUCGGUAUGAGCAGCCUGCGAAUAUGAUGUCUUUCGUCAAUGUUUGGGCGCCUGUUGUAUCCGCCUUGCUUCUUCCUCUUCUCUUCUCAAUGUAUUCACUUUCAUUUCAUGUUCCUCGGAGCUGAGACACAUGCUAGUCUUAUGCGAUGAAUCUCA